AUGCUCCUGGCGUUCUCGGCCAAGAGCGAGGAGUUGGAUAUUCUCAUGUUGAGUUUGACGUUUGGGAAUGUUGAGGUUAAGAAUUGUCUACGCAAUGUGGUCACGCUGUUCCAUUAUAUUGAGAAAGAGAGAGCGUGGAGGAAGGAGAAUGGCAGGCCUGAGGGGUUUGAAACGUUGGGUGCGAGGAAACCUAUUGUUGCUGUUGGUGCCGAGGAGCCAUUGGCGGAACACAUGAUGGUGGCGGAUUUCUUCCAUGGGAUCGAUGGGCUGGGAGGUAUACAUCACAGCCACCCACACCUCUCACCAGAAGAGACGUGGAAGUCACUCUUCACACCUCAACCGAAGGACAUGUCGGCUGAAGAAACCAAGGCGCUGCAAAAAGUCAAGGAGAAACACUCGCUCUUCACUCCAUCGCUGAAGCCCGCACACGAAGUCAUGCUCGACUUGCUAAGGGAGAAUGAGCCCGAUACGGUUACCAUUGUGGCAGUUGGACCUCUGACUAAUCUUGCCAUUGCUGCUGCGCAAGAUCCCGAGACGUUCUUGAAAGUCAAGGAGGUAGUUGUUAUGGGCGGUGCCAUCGAUGCGCCUGGAAACAUGACCCCCGGCGCCGAAUUCAACACCUACGCCGACUCCGUAGCCAGCGCGCGCGUCUUCGCCCUCACAUCCGCGAACCCGCACCUCACCAUGCCCCCCUCACUCUCAAACCCCCAGAAGAAAACCCAACUACCGGCGUACCCAAAAACGCUCAGCAAGCGCCUAACCAUCAAACUCUUCCCGCUCGACACAACAGAACUACACGUCUUACCAAAAACCAUGUACGAAGACUACAUCGCCCUAAAACCCAUCAAAGGUUCUCCAUUAUCUGAAUGGACCAGCCUAUUCCUAACCUCCACCUUCGCAAAAAACCUAUCCCUGAACCCUCAACAAGAUCCCACGAAAUCCGGACUUCAACUCCACGAUCCCUUGACUAUAUGGUACGCUUUAUGCCCUUCCAACCCGCUCUGGAAGUUCAAAGAGGAGGAUGUGAGGGUUGAGACGAGUGGGCAGUGGACUAGGGGUUGCACGAUUGUGGAUCGGAGGGGUAGGCCGGUUACGGAGGGGGAGAGCAGUUUGGAUGAGGAGGUUGUGGGGGAUGCGGGGGGGUGGAGGGAUAGUAGGAGGGGGAAUCGGGUUGGGUGGUGUACGAGGAGUCCUGGGGAGGGGAAAUUUGCGAGGGUGUUGUUGCAUAGGGUGUUGGGGGAUGGGGAGCAGUGGUAG